UCUUCUCUCCCUCGUACGCGUUUUCUCCUCUUCUUUCACCGCCUAAGUUCCAAACCCGACCCCCUCUUCUUCGAUCGCCGGAGCCGGAGCCGGAGCCGGAGCCCCUCCUCGUCUGAUCUCCACCGCCGGAACCCCUCCUCUUCUCCUCCCCAGCUCUCUCUCCUCGCCAAACAAUACCCGAGCCCAAACCCUAACUUGUUUGUCCUCCCCAAAUCCUCACCUCCGGGCACCUUCAAUCCAGGAAUGCUAAAGAUAUGAUAAGCCAAGAAAGAAUAAAUUAAACCCAGUGUAUUGGACAAACAAAUUCAUAUGGCUGGUAUAUUACCAGGGGAUCCUUCACAUCACGGAAUGGUAGAAAGUAGUCCUUACAGAUUUUCUCACGAUAAGAUGGAGGAAGGUGAUCGCAUUGGUUCCAGUUGGUAUCUUAGCCGGAAGGAAAUUGAAGAAAAUUCCCCAUCUCGAAGAGAUGGUAUUGACCUUAAGAAAGAGGCAUAUUUUCGUAAAUCGUAUUGCACAUUUCUACAGGAUUUAGGGAUGAGACUUAAAGUACCUCAGGUCACAAUCGCCACUGCUAUUGUUUUCUGCCAUCGCUUCUUCCUUCGCCAAUCUCACGCAAAGAAUGAUCGGAGGACUAUAGCCACUGUUUGCAUGUUUUUGGCUGGAAAGGUUGAAGAAACUCCUCGACCCUUAAAGGAUGUCAUUCUUGUGUCCUAUGAAAUUAUCCACAAAAAGGAUCCUGCUGCUAUUCAGAGAAUCAAACAGAGGGAAGUGUAUGAACAACAGAAAGAACUUAUCUUACUGGGGGAACGGGUAGUACUAGCGACUCUUGGUUUUGAUCUUAAUGUGCAUCAUCCAUAUAAACCCCUUGUGGAAGCAAUAAAGAAAUUCAAGGUUGCGCAAAAUGCCCUUGCACAAGUUGCUUGGAAUUUUGUUAAUGAUGGGCUACGUACUUCACUUUGCCUGCAAUUUAAGCCUCAUCAUAUAGCUGCUGGUGCUAUAUUUCUCGCUGCCAAAUUUCUGAAAGUGAAGCUUCCCUCUGAUGGUGACAAGGUCUGGUGGCAAGAAUUCGAUGUCACCCCACGGCAACUUGAAGAGGUUAGCAAUCAAAUGUUGGAAUUAUACGAACAGAACCGGACAGCACCAUCCCAUGGAAACGAAACAGAAGGGAGCUCUGCAAGUGUAGUCAAUCAUCGGGCUCCCCCAAAAGCAUCAUCUGCUAUCGAGGAGACACCAUCACAAAAUCAGACUGCUGGAAAUUCUAGUUUGCACACUGAUAGACAAAACCCUACCCAGAGACUUUCACAGAACGAAAGAAAUGACCAUGACAGUAGAGAGUCAAAAGAUCGUCACCAUUUUGAGCCAGGAAAUGCUUCAGAAGGUCCAAUUGAAGAUCCAGUGGAAACUAAUCAAUCGAGAGAGAAAAGUUUGGGACAUAAUGAUGGCCCCAAGAGCUACUCUCCAUUGGAUGCUAUAAAAAAGAUCGACAAGGACAAGGUGAAAGCUGCACUGGAGAAACGAAGGAAGGAACGAAGUGAAGUUGCAAGGAAAAUGGACGUCAUGGAUGAUGAUGACCUUAUUGAGAGAGAGCUCGAAAGUGGUAUUGAGUUGGCAACUGAGGAAGAUAAGGUAAAACAAGAGAGGAGGCAAAGCUGGUCGAAAUACAAGCAAGAACAUAAGAACCAAGACCAUGGUAUUGAGAAUGGAGAGCUUGUGACUGAGAAAGAAAUUGAGAAUGCUGAAGAGGGGGAAUUCCAUUCUCCAGAGCCUUCUAGCAGAAAGAGAAAGGAUUAUGAUUAUCAGAAUCAAUAUCCGCCUUCAAAAUACCGGGAUUCUGAUGAUUCACGUGCAAUGGGAAGGCUAGAGAGAGCUGAGAGGGAUCAUAAAAGGAUCAGGCAAGAAAAUCAUGUGUGAUGGGUUUUUUUUUUUUUUAAUCAUGAUUUAUUUAUCUUUUGAGUGUAAAAUGACUGGUAAUUAAACUAUUGGGCUCAGGGAGUUCAGAUUGUAAAGUCUGAUGCGUUUGUUGAGUUCGGCGUUGUUUGAGGCCCUUUGAGGAACUUGGCAGUGUUGCUGCAUCACAUCAAGUUCUCUUUCUAUGCGCAACAUCAGUACGUUGGUGCCUCUGAAUUCAUGAGCAUAAAACUGUAUAAUCUCCCUCAAGCAUUUAUAUCCAAUGAGGGAUAAAACUGUAAUAAACCAUUUAUAUAUUUUUGCUGUUGAUCUUUUUUAAAUUUAUAUAAUUGAAACUUCUGGAUUAGGAUA